AGAAUUAGACUCCAACGAUUAUUCAAAGCAUCUGAGAUUGAAAACGCAACGUCCUUUGUCGCGUAAUAGCAUCGCUGACGGAGAUGCAUACAUAGAAGGAGAAAGCGAUGCUUUGUUCCUCUUUUGUUCUUCCUCUUUCCAAUCUUCAAUUUCAGGGUUCCUUUAAUCUCAACGUUCCUCUUCAAUCUCAAGCUCCGUUCACUCCAACACCACUACGGUUGCACAAUGGGAGCCAUUCCUGUUUAUUCUCUGAACCCCUCCUUCAUUUUAAAGAUUUAGAAAUGGAUGGACCAGCUGGCCGAGGUGGUACUGGCCUCGACAUGUUUGUACCAAAUUAUAAAUUGGGAAAAACUCUUGGGAUUGGAUCUUUUGGCAAGGUGAAAAUUGCAGAACAUGUAUUGACUGGUCAUAAGGUUGCAAUCAAGAUCCUAAAUCGGCGCAAGAUAAAGAACAUGGAAAUGGAAGAAAAAGUGAAAUUAGAACUUGAAGUUUUAAAAUUGCUCAAUCAUCCUCGCAUUAUAAAACUUCAUGAGGUGAUAGAAACUCCAACUGACAUAUGUGUUGUUAUGGAGUAUGCUUGUAGAGAGCUUUUUGAUUACGUAAUAGAAAAAGGAAGGUUAGAAGAAGACGAAGCUCGUAAUAUUUUUCAGCAGAUAAUCUCAGGAGUGGAGUAUUGUCACAAUAAGAUGGUGGCUCAUAGAGAUUUGAAACCUGAAAACAUACUUUUGGACUUCAAUUGUGAUGUCAAGAUAACUGGUUUUGGCUGGAGCAACAUCAUGCAUGCUGGUUACUUUCUUAAGACAAGUUGUGGAAGCCCUAACUAUGCAGCUCCUGAGGUUAUAUGUGGAAAAUUAUAUACUGGACCCGAAGUUGAUGUAUGGAGUUGUGGUGUAGUUCUGUAUUUUAUUCUUUGUGGAUUUCUACCUUUUGACGAUGAAAACAUUCCAAAUCUCUUCAACAAAAUAAAGGGAGGGGUUUUCACCAUUCCAUGUUACCUAUCUCCUGGAGCUAGAGAUUUGAUAUCAAAGAUGCUUGAUGUGGAACCUCUCAAAAGGAUAACAGUAUCUGAGAUCCAACAACACCCAUGGUUGCAACUUCAACUUUAGCCUAACAAAUUAGAUACAAUGUAUAUUGUUGCCCAUUUCUACAAAGGGUAGAUUAUGUUAAAAGUAAAUUGGGUUAAGUAGGUUCUUUUAUGCUAAUAAAUCUUGAUUUGGAUGUGGAAAAAAAUCAUGCAUUUGUAUUUAUGUAAGAUUGUAGUAGGUGUCAUGUUUAUUAACCGUUUAAGAAUACAAAGUUAUACCAUUAUUAAUUACUACUAUACAUUUUGUCCUA